AUGGCCGCCGUGACCCGCCGCCUGCGGGGGCGGACGGACCGGAUCCAGGCCUUCGCCCAGGCCGAGGUUGAGGCGACGCAGGAGCUGGAGCGCGCCGUCUUCCAACUUGACUCCUACCGGGUCAACGUCUUCAACCGGCUCCUCGAGACGCAUCGGCGUCUCAAGGAGAGCUUGCCGCCAAGGAGGAGGAGCUCCGCGUUGCGGCAGCUUGUCGCAGACGUCGCCCGGCUCGGGGCCGAGGCGGAGAAGGCGAAGGCGGAGGCGACGGGAGCCCGGCAGGCGCUCGACGAAGCCAGCCGGCUGCAGGAGCAGCUGGUGGGCGACAAGAGCCGCCUCGAGGCCGAGGUGGAGCGCCUCAAGGCGGAGGCCCCCAAGGUCGUGGAGGCGCAGCAGGCCCUUGCCGAGGCAGACCAGCAACGCGGCAAGCUGGCCGACGACAGGGGGCAGCUCCAGGCCGAGGUGGAGCGCCUGAAGGCGCUGGUGGCCACGGCGGAGGAGUCCCGGCAGGGGGAGACCCGGCUCCACGAGGAGGCCAUGAAGGCGGCCGAGGACAAGGACGCCGAGCUAAAGGCGGCCCUUGCCAAGGUUGCCGACCUGGAGAAGGCGCUGGAGGAGCGUGACCGCACUAUUGCCCGGGAGCGGCGCGAUACGUUGCUCGAAGCGCAGCACCUGGAAGAGUCCUUCUCCAGGGCCUUUCCGGAGACGCGCCAGCUGGCGGAGGAGGUGGUCCGCUUUCAGCGCGACCCACAAGGGAUCGUCGGCUCCGGGACGGACCCGAGGGUGGCCUGGACCUUCUCGGAUAUCGUUACCACUGCCGAGGCCCGUCUGCGGGUUCUGAGUGAGCAGAUGGGGCAGCUCUCUGAGGCCGGCGCGGUGAUGACGGCGGCGCUCUGGCCGGGUGCAGUCGCGCCAACCAGCUUCAGGCGGCUGGCGCGGUGA